GUUUAUCAGAAGAAGAAAAUGGCCGUCAGUGCCGACUCCGAGGCGUAUAACGUAUAAGUUGUGUUUUACCUCCGAGAUGUGGUCAAACUAGUGUUUAUUUUUCUUUUAAUUUCAUUUUUGGUUGCAGUAGAGGCGAAAGCAAGAAAAAAAGGGAGAAAACAUAAUUUGUAAGACAGCUUUACUGUCAUUUGAUUUGUUUUCAACUUGCUCGUCUAACGUUAAUUCUUCGACGAUGUUUGUCAGAAAUACGUUCAAACUAUUUGGUUGUGACUUUAAACGAAUCUCCCUGUCAGGACAGAUUCUGCCGUCGGCUGCAGCAAGACUGCAGCACCAUGAUGCUCGAGAACCAACCCCCUCCUCUCGUCCGGAGACAUCCAAAGCAAAGAACAUGAUGGACAUCGGGACCCGGCGCAUUUUCAACGAGGACCAUGACCUCUUCAGGCAGAGUGUGCGCCGCUUCUUCCAAGAGGAGGUCGUGCCACAUCACAAGGAGUGGGAGAAAGCCGGCCAGGUGAGCAGGGAGGUGUGGGAAAAGGCCGGCGAGCAAGGCCUGCUGGGAGUUAUGACGCCAGAGGAGUGCGGCGGCAUUGGCGGGGACCUGUUGUCAACUGCUGUCACGUGGGAGGAACAAAUGUACUCAAACUGUUCAGGACCAGGUUUUGCGCUUCACUCGGACAUUGUCAUGCCCUACAUCAUCAACUACGGCACCAAGGAGCAGAUUGAACGCUUCGUUCCCAAGAUGACUGCCGGAAAAUGCAUUUGCGCCAUUGCCAUGACUGAACCCGGAGCGGGCAGCGACCUUCAAGGUGUGCGCACAUACGCCAAGCGUGACGGCAGCGAUUGGAUCUUGAACGGCAACAAAGUGUUCAUCACCAACGGCUGGAUGGCUGACCUGGUGGUGGUGGUGGCCGUGACGGACCGCCAGGCCAAGACGGCCGCCCACGGCAUCAGUCUCUUUCUCGUGGAGGAUGGCAUGAGUGGCUUCCACAAAGGGCGCAAGUUGGAAAAAAUCGGCCUAAAGGCACAGGACACGGCGGAACUUUUUUUUGAGGACGUGCGACUCCCGGCGGAAGCGCUGUUGGGCGGCCUCAACAAGGGUUUCUACUACUUGAUGAACGAGCUGCCGCAGGAGCGUCUGGUGAUCGCCGACAUGGCCAUCGCGAGCUGCGAGUUCAUGUUUGAGGAAACCAGGAGCUACGUCCUGCAGAGGAAAGCGUUCGGAAAGACCAUCGCUCACCUGCAGACCGUGCAGCACAACCUGGCCGAGCUAAAGACGGAAAUCUGCGUGGGCCGCGCGUUCGUCGACAGCUGCCUCCACCUCCACGUGGAGAAGAGGCUGGACCCCGCAACGGCUUCCAUGGCCAAGUACUGGGCGUCUGAGCUGCAGAACAAGGUGGCCACACGGUGCCUGCAGCUCCAUGGUGGCUGGGGCUACAUGUGGGAGUACCCCAUUGCUAAGGCGUUUGUGGAUUCUCGCAUUCAGCCCAUCUACGGAGGAACUAAUGAGAUCAUGAAAGAGCUCAUCGCGCGGAGCAUCGUCAGCCAGAAAUGAGACCUGUUCAGGACUCGAGGUGUUUUUGUUUUUUAUUGUGGAAACACACAAAUGGAAUCAGAUAGUAUGUUUGAUGAAUCUUCAGAAAGCAGAACAGUGCCAAUUCUGUUUUUAAAACAAAAUAAUUGAAAAAAAUAUUUUUGCUCAUCUCGUCAAUUCACAGUUGACAGGCAAACUCAUAAAGUCAACUUGGACUUCUGUACAUUAUCAUUGUUUUAGUUUAUACAAUGACAUUUACUGUAAAGGCAGUUAUGUCGAAGAAUAUGAAUAAUAUUGAAUUAGUGUCUUCCAUUUUGUUUUAAUAAAAUUCAAUGGAAGUUCCGUAAGACAA